GUAUGUUCUAACGUACAAUAUCCAGCUUAUUAAACUAGAGAAUUUAUUUUCUAGUAUAAAGCUAGCUAACUACUUUUACUAUUCUACAUAACAAUCAAUUAAGUAAUAACUUCAAGUAAGUCAUUUGCUGACAAACUAUCGACCGUAAUGUGGUGCUCAUGUUCCAACUCUGCUAUAACCAACUACACCUCCCAUACCUAAAACAGAAGUUAGCUGUAAAAAAAAUCAUUUACUGUAUUUACUGCCACUUGGCAUUAAGUUCUCUAUAUAAUCUUCAUGAUUACACGCCUUUCAAGAGCCUGUUUGAGGCGAUCAGGCGCUAACCGCUGGAAACGCGAACUGUUCCAUAAUCCCUCGUUUUCAUCUAACUUUUCUACGUCUUUCGUUGUCUCACAUUCAAAUAUCGGUCCUUUUCGAUAUUCACAAACUCUUUUACGAGGUAGGGAUUCGAAAAAUGACAAAAUACCUAAAAAUGAUAAUGAAGCAAAAAAGUUGCCAUCAUCAGAGAAUGUGUCACCUAAAUCCAAGGAGCUUCAGUCGCAUAAACAGACCUUAAAAAAGAACACAGAACGGAAAAAAGAUGAAGAAGUUACAGAGUCAGGUAAAACAACUGCUAAAUCAUCUUCCAACAACGUGAAGGACGAAAAUGAACAAGUCACUGAGUCUACUGGGUUAGAAAACUCUGGAAAAAAGAAAGACUCAUCUAAAAAUGCUAUACCAGAAGUAUAUCCUCAAUUGCUGGCUUUACCUAUUGUUCGGAGGCCAUUGUUCCCUGGCUUUUAUAAAGCAAUUGUCACUAAGGAUCCAUCUGUUUCAGAGGCAAUUAAGGAAUUAGUCAAGAAAAGACAACCCUAUAUUGGUGCUUUUCUUCACAAGGAUGAAAACGCAGACACCGAUGUAAUAACAGAUAUUAACCAAGUUUAUCCGGUAGGUGUUUUUGCUCAAAUUACAAGUAUUUUUCCUACAAAAAAUGCAGGUGAAACAGCUCUUACGGCUGUUCUUUAUCCCCAUAGACGUAUACGCAUAACAGAAUUAAUACCUCCUAAGGAUCACGUUGUUCCUAUUGCAGAAUCCAAAGAACUCAAACAGGCAGAUAAUCCCAAAGAAAUAACUACUGCUCGCAAAAACAAAGAUGAAUCUGAUGCGGAAAGCACAGCUUCUAUGUUACAAGAUUUUAAUGUUUCUGUGGUUAAUGUCGAAAAUGUUUACAAUCUUCCUUUUAAUCGUCAGAAUCCAGUGAUUAAAGCACUCACUGGUGAAAUUAUGAGCACCUUUAAGGAAAUUGCAGCCUUAAGUCAUAUUUUCCGUGAACAAAUUGCUAAUUUUUCAAUCUCUACAGGAACAAGCAAUGUCUUUGAUGAACCUGCUAGAUUGGCAGAUUUUACUGCUGCAGUUUGCUCUACCGCCCUUCAGGACUUACAAGGUGUCUUAGAGGCUCAGAAUAUUGAAGAGCGAUUAGAAAAAGCUCUAAUAAUUUUAAAACAAGAGCUUACCAAUGCUCAACUGCAAAGUAAAAUUAGCAGAGAUGUUGAACAAAAAUUGUCUCAGCGUCAGAAAGAAUUUAUAUUAAUGGAGCAAAUGAAGGGGAUUAAGAGAGAACUCGGCCAUGAUGACCCUAAAGAGUCGUUACUUAACGAAUUUAAAAAAAGAGCCGAGGAGACGGAAAUGCCUGAACAUGUGAAAAAAGUUUUCAAUGAUGAGCUUUCUAAGUUUCAACAUCUGGAACCAAUGGCUGCUGAGUAUAAUGUUACUCGCAAUUAUUUAGACUGGAUAACUCAAUUACCAUGGGGUAAAAAGUCACCCGAAAACUUUGACAUUCAAUAUGCCAGAGAUAUUCUGGAUAGAGAUCAUUAUGGUCUGAAAGACGUGAAAGAUCGCAUCCUUGAGCUUGUUGCAGUCGGUAAAUUAAGAGGUACCAUGCAAGGAAGAAUAAUUUGCUUGGUAGGACCUCCUGGUGUAGGUAAAACAUCUGUUGGUAAAUCAAUUGCAUCUGCACUAAAUCGGGAAUUCUUUAGAUUUAGUGUUGGUGGUCUCACUGACGUCGCUGAAAUUAAAGGACACCGUCGUACUUAUAUUGGCGCCAUGCCUGGUAAGGUUGUACAAGCCUUGAAGAAAGUACAGACAGAAAAUCCUUUGAUCCUAAUUGAUGAAAUCGAUAAAGUUGGAAAAAGUCAUCAAGGUGAUCCACAUAGUGCUUUACUUGAACUUUUAGAUUCUGAACAGAAUUCUGCUUUUUUGGACCACUACAUGGAUAUGACUUUAGAUGUUUCCUCAGUUUUGUUCGUUUGUACUGCUAAUACCAUUGAUACGAUUCCUCCUCCUUUGCUAGAUCGCAUGGAAGUUAUUGACGUAUCAGGUUAUGUGGAAAUAGAAAAGCUUCACAUUGCCAGAGAUUAUUUAAUUCCCCAAACUAAAAAAAAUUGCGGAUUAAAGGACGCGAAUGUAACAAUGUCUGAUAACGCGAUUAGAGGCUUAAUUCAGUUUUAUUGUCACGAAAGCGGCGUACGAAAUUUGAAGAAAUCAAUUGAAAAAAUUUUCCGAAAAACAUCAUAUCAAAUUGUCCAAAAAAUUGGAGACGGAAACGAAAAUACUGUUAAAGAAACACAAGAAGUUUCCGCAAAAACAGAGCAAGAUGAAGCAAAGAGUACGGAUCAAGCUGCUGAUCGUUCAUCUGUUGCUCCUCUUACUGUACCAAACGAAAUUAAGGUUGAUAUAGACGAAAAAGAUUUGAUUGACUAUCUUGGGCCUCCAAUACACACCUCACCUCGUCUUUAUGAUAGGACGCCAAAUGGAGUAGUAAUGGGUCUGGCUUGGACACCAAUGGGUGGUGUACCAUUGUAUGUUGAAACCAUUGUUAAGAACAUCUUGUCUGCUGCUUCUGCUCCUUCAUUAGAAAGAACUGGCCAACUUGGUGAUGUUAUGAAGGAAUCUUCAGAGUUAUCCUAUUCCUUCUGUAAAAGCUUCUUAUCUAAGAAUUUCCCGAACAACAAGUUCUUUGAGCAUGCUCGUUUACAUAUGCAUUGUCCAGAAGGAUCUAUAUCAAAAGACGGCCCCUCUGCUGGUAUUACCAUGGCUACCUCAUUAUUAUCAUUAGCCUUGAGCAUGCCUGUGCCCGCUACUACUGCAAUGACAGGCGAGCUGACCUUAACUGGCAAAGUUCUUCGAAUUGGUGGUUUAAGAGAGAAAGCCGUUGCUGCCAAGUUAUCAGGUAUAAACGAAAUUUUAUUCCCAAAAGGUAAUAUAGCCGAUUGGGAACAACUUCCUGAUUAUGUUAAGGAAGGCUUAACAGGUGUUCCUGUUGAAUGGUAUGAUGAUGUAUUUAAGAAGAUUUUCCCUAAUAUCAACAUUGAGGAAUGUAACAAUCUUUGGCCUACUUUAACGACUAGUGCUUCUAGUCAAAAGUGAUUCUCAUUUUUUGUACAAAGACGAUGUUUUUGUCAUUUUACAUAGCUUACGAACUUUUAUUUCCUUUGUUUACUGUUCAUGAAUAGAGAUAGUAAUGCUAAUGAUCCAUACUUCCUGGAGUUGUAAGAAAUGUUGCUA